CUUCGGGAAGGAGAUGAUAACUCCAGGUAUUUUCAUGAAGUAGUGAAAGAUAGGAAGAUGAUGCAGAUUAUUAUGACUAUUAAAAACAAUAGUGGAGAGUGGUGUUAUGACAAGGAUGAAAUUGCCUCUUUAGCUAUUUCUUUUUUCAAGGAUCUUUAUAAGGAAGAAGACUCUUCCUCUUUUGAUGAUGUACUAUGCAACAUACCAAAGAUCCUGAGCGAGGCACAUAAUAAUUUUCUAGGGAGACUUCCGGAUGAAGCAGAGAUUAAAACAGCAUCUAGAGUCUCAACCAGGAGGCUACACCCGGCCCUGAUGGAUUUGGAGGGAGCUUUUAUAGGGGUUGCUGGGAAAUAAUAAAGCGAGAUAUAGUCUUGGCUGUUCAGGAGUUUUUCUUGGGUCUACCAGUACCUAAAGGGGUGGGAAGUGUUAAUAUGGUUUUAAUUCCAAAAAAAAGAACCCGGUUUCUUUUGUAGACUUUCACCCUAUUUGUUUGUCGACAUUUAUUAGCAAGAUUAAUACUAGAGUAUUAGCUAGCAGGUUAGCUACAACUUUGCCUAGUAUUAUUUCAAGAGAGCAAUCUGGUUUUAUGAAGGGGAGGGAACUUAAAAAUCAUGUCUUAGUUGCCCAGGAGUUGUUACAUAAUCUGGAUAGACAUACAAGGGCAUCUAAUAUGGUGAUAAAAUUGGAUAUGGCAAAGGGAUUUGAUAGGGUGUCUUGGGAUUUUCUUCAGGCUAUUCUGGCUAAGUUUGGCUUUGGGCAACAUGUGGUUAAGCUGAUUAUGGGUGACAUUGAAGCUUAUAAUACGGGAAGGAGCAUUCAGAUUUCAC